GAAAGUCAAUAACUCAUUAACACCGUUACAUCCACCUCAAAAUUCCUGUCCAAGUCAUCGUCAAAAUCUAAAACGCGUCAUAUUCUUCUUCCAAAUCUUUCUCUCUGUGGCGUCUCACAAAAACCAUUCAACCCGAAAAAGUCGCUGCGAACAGUUCAUCGCCUAAACAGUUAUAUAUACGCAUCUGUAUCGUCGCCACCCUCUUCGGUUCUUGCUCUCGUCUCUGGUAAGAAUCCCCCUUGGUCUCAAUUCGUAUAAUUCCUUUAGGUUCUGUGAAGAGACUUCGAGGGGUGUAUUGGAUUGAGAUUUUAAAGCAUUUUUUUGCAUUCAUGAAAUCCGAGGGUAUUCGAUUGGGAUUGUUUGAAAUCCAUUAAAAUCUUGAGGUAUUCAAUUGGGAUUUUAAACUAUGCUACAAAAUAUAGUGGUAUUCAAUUGGGAUUUUAAAUUAUGCUUUAAAAUCCGAUGGUAUUCAAUUGGGAUUGUUUAAAAUCCAUUAAAAUCUGAUGGUAUUCAAAUGCUGAUGGAUUUUUUUUCAUUUCAUAAAAUGAUGGAUUUUGUGACAUUCUUCAGUGUAUUUUAAGUUUUUUGAAAUCCCACCAAAUUCGAUGGGAUUUUGAAGCAUUGUACCUAAAUCCUAUCAACUCUGCGACAUUUCAUCAAGAAUCCGCAAAAAAUCAAAAUCCCAUACAAUCUAUUAAAAUCCAUAAACUAAAAACAAUGCAUUAAAAUCCCAAUCGAAUACACCCCCGGAACAUGAAUUUAUUGUGAUUUUUAUGCUUUUGGAGUCUUCCAAAUCGCUGGCUUUCUCUUAAAGUUAGCAUUUUGGAUGCUUUGAUCAUCUGGGGUUUCCUUAUUUUGUGAUUCUGAUGCGUGGGAAGGUCAAAGUUUAGAUUUUUAGGCUUUUUGUACAGUUUCUUGAUCCUGAAUGUAUAUAUAGCUGUGUAUAUUUGGUCGGGUGAUUUUAGGGUUUUUAAAAUUUUCAAUUUUAGGGUUUCUCAGUUUUUAGGGUUGAUAAAAUGUCGUCUGCGGGUGUUCUAGCUAUUCCGAUUCGUGAGGACUCAGGACUUUUGUCUCCUGUAUUUAGCCGUGAAUUGAAUGAAUCGAUACAUGUAUAUGUGGCUAUGUCGGGAUCGGUGGUCCCGAUGAGAGUUCUGAAAUCAGAGACGAUUGAAUCAGUGAAACUUAGGAUUAAGUCGUAUAAGGGGUUUGUUGCUAAGGAUCAGAAGUUGGUUUGUAAAGGGAGGGAAUUAUCUAGGAGCAAUUCGUUGGUACGAGAUUAUGGAGUUGAGGAUGGGAAUGUGCUUCAUUUGGUGAUUCGUCUUUCUGAUCUUCAAUCAAUUAAUGUUAAGACUUCUUGCGGUGAAGAGUUUGCUUUUGAAGUCCAGCGGAAUUGUGAUGUUGGUUAUAUUAAACGUAGGAUUGCUGAUAAGAAUAAGAAAUUAGCUGAUUUUGAUGAGCAUGAAGUAUUGUGUGAUGGUGAGGAGCUUGAAGAUCAGAGACUUAUAAAUGACAUUUCUAAACAUAAUGAUGCAGUGAUUCAUUUGUUUGUCCGGAAAUCUGCAAAAAUCAGAGCUACACCUCGGGAGAAAACUUAUGAGCUUUCUGUUGUCGCAUCACAGUCGAAUGACACAAGGAAAUAUGACGAGGAAAUUCAUCAGCAGACUCCGGAAAAAGAUGUAUUGUUGGAGCCAAUAAUUCUUAACCAGAAGGUUGAGUUGUCUCUGGCAAUAUGGGAUAUGAUUAAAUCUACAGCUGAGGGAUUAGAUAAUGCAAACACUCCUAUAAGAUCUUCAGAGGGUACAGGGGGAGCAUACUUGAUGCAGGAUGCAACGGGAAAUAAGCAUGUCUCUGUUUUUAAGCCAAUUGAUGAAGAGCCCAUGGCUGUGAACAACCCAAGGGGAUUGCCCUUAUCUGAAAAUGGCGAAGGCUUGAAGAAGGGCACAAGUGUUGGUGAAGGUGCAUUUAGGGAAGUAGCUGCCUAUGUUUUGGAUCAUCCCAAAGCUGGACGGCGCUCUUUCUCCGGUGAGGAUAUAGGUUUUGCUGGUGUUCCUCCGACAAUUAUGGCAAAGUGUUUGCACAUGGGUUUUAAUCAUCAGGACAGCAUAAAUGUUAAGAUAGGCUCCUUGCAGAUGUUCAUGCAGAACCGUGGAAGUUGUGAGGAUAUGGGACCAAGUUCAUUCCCUGUGGAGGAAGUACAUAAAAUAUCAGUGUUCGAUAUACGGAUGGCAAAUGCAGAUAGGCAUGCUGGAAACAUAUUGGUUAGCAAGGAUAAAGAUGGAAAGACUGUGCUGAUUCCAAUAGAUCAUGGCUACUGUUUGCCCAAAAGUUUUGAGGAUUGCACAUUUGACUGGCUCUACUGGCCACAAGCUCGUAAGCCAUACAGUCCUGACACUGUAGAGUACAUUAAGUCAUUGGAUGCAGAUGAAGACAUUGCCUUGCUUAAGUUUCAUGGAUGGGACUUACCUCAAGACUGUGCUCGCACCCUCCGCAUCUCAACUAUGCUAUUGAAGAAAGGUGUGGAGAGAGGUCUCACUCCCUUUGACAUCGGAAACAUUAUGUGCAGGGAAACCUUGAACGAGGAAUCCUUAAUUGAAGAGAUUGUCCAAGAAGCAGAGGAUUCAGUCCUUCCUUGUACAAGUGAAGGUUCAUUUCUUGAAACAGUCUCCCAGAUCAUGGAUCGUCGCCUCAGAGAAAUUGCCAAAUAAAGUCCAUAGGGAGCAAAAUGAGAUAUAUAUGUGCAUAUGUGCAUAUGCUCUCUUAAGUAUCUAAUGAAGUGUUUUCCAUGUUUCAGUUUAAAGAUUUGAUUUGUUAUUUAAAAUUGAAGUGGUCUCAAAAACUUUUCAGCAGUCAACUGGAAUGGAUUUUGAAGGUUAAAAAUACACCACCUUCAGAUUUGUCUCAUGUUGUGUGAUCUGGUUUUAAUAAAUUAGAUUUUUUAAGCUUUGUAAUGACUUGAUAUGAUAAAAUAGUUUGUUUUAUUAUA